GUUGCAGGGUACCCGUCCUCUGGGCUAAGAACGCGAUGACAGCGUAAUUACAGUUAGGUGGGGUGAAGGCUGUAUUAUGUGCGGUCACGGUAUCUAGAAAUGUCGACUCUACUGGUGCUUGGUGCCUUGGCACUGGUUGCGAGGACAGGUUGCACCGACAAUGGUCUGAAUCCGAGCGGAGUAUCAGACCUUGACUACACAGACGUGGAGCUAGGACUGACGCCACGAGGUCCCAGGUUCGACGUGGCGCAUUCGAAAAACGUCACUGCUUUGGUCGGGAAGACCGCUCAGCUGAAUUGCCGGGUCCAUGAUCUUGGGAAUAGAACGGUAUCUUGGAUCCGACACCGCGACAUCCACCUGCUGACGUCAGGCAGGAUGACGUACACGUCAGACCAGAGGUUCAUCAGCGUCCACAAUCCACACACCGAGGACUGGAUAUUGAAAAUAAGGUUCCCCCAGCGGCGCGACUCCGGCGUGUACGAAUGCCAAGUGGGCACCACACCGCCCAUUGGACAUCGGAUGUACCUCUCUGUUGUCGAACCUGUGACGACAAUCUUGGGUGGCCCGGAGCUGUUCAUUAACACCGGCAGCACUAUCAACCUGACGUGCGUGGUGCAGCAUUCGCCAGAACCACCACCCGCUAUACGAUGGACUCACAAAGAAGAGGAGAUAAAUUACGACUCGCCGCGCGGCGGGGUGUCCGUGAUCACAGAGAAGGGGGAGACAACCACCUCCCACCUCUUGGUGCAGAAGGCACGGAUGGCAGACUCCGGGCGGUACACCUGCGCACCGGCUAACGCCAACCCUAUCUCGGUGCAGGUCCACGUGCUGAGUGGAGAACACCCAGCCGCGAUGCAGCAUGGAGGCCAGCUUCGCAUUCAGUACCCGAUCUCCGCUGCCAUGCUCAGCAUCAUCGUGACCCUCAUGGGCUGCUACUACAAACAAGACAUCCGUGACAUAUUAUAAUAUACGUAAACGUACGCUAUAAAUUCUAGAAUAAUCUAGGAUAUUUCGUUGGAGUCCAGGUCGUUUCACUGGGUUUUUGUGUGUUAAUGUGAUCGCGCGUGGUGACUACACAAUGUUUUUGGGUAGGUAAUUGCCACGGGUAUGAUUUUGAUGUCCUUAAGGAUAUACACAAGUUUUUUGGUUUAAGAUUUCACGUGGAAGAUAUGGUGUAAAGGUAUUAAAGAAUAUUGGAGCAAAUAGAGCGGGAAUAUAGCUACAGGUAAGCUACAAAAAUUGGAAAUAGAUGUACCUAUGAUGUCUAAGCGCAAAAUUGCCAAUAAUCAUAUUAAAUUCUUUAUUUCGAUCUACACCAUACAGUACUGGUAAUAAUAUAAAGAAUAAAAACUACUAUUUCAUGAUCAUAAAUGAAUAAAAAUAUCUCUUAAACCAUUAAUCAAAAUGCACUGUUUCUCGUAAUUAAAACACUUUGUUUUCAAAAGCAAAUAUAUUUUUAUUGAAAUUAUAGGGAAAGCAAGACAUUACACAUUUCAUAACAAAUAUCUUGCAAUUUAUUUCAUUAUUUUGUUUUCCAAGCUUCAUUAUAAUUUAUUUUUUGGCUAAAAGGUUGGUAAACCUACUUCACCAUUAACAACUGUUCUUUCGUACUGUUGACUCUUCUUACCUAAGGUAAAUAUUCAUGGAAAAAUGCAUUUAUAUAUAAAAAUAACACGUUUGAAAAUAAACACGAUGCGCAUCAUGUUGCGCAUCAAAAACCAAGUGAAUGAGAUAAUUAUUAUUUCAUAGAAAAAAUAUAUAAAAUCGGCUGUCAACACUUUAUACCAGAGUGAAUUAUUUAUUAGAAGCAUAUGUACACGUUUAUUUUGUAACAGCGUCUCAAAUAACAUCAAAAUGUCAUAAAUUAAGACAAGCAAUCAUAAAUUUUACUGAAGUAAACAUUGAACAGAUUCUAAUAUUUUUUCGAGGCUGAAGACAACAAAACAACCAUUAUGAAUAAAUAAGUAUUUUUACGUUAAUUAUUUUGUACUAUCGUUGUGAAAAUUAGCUUGAAAAAUAUUACUUAUUGAUAUAUAAGUUAUUUGACAAAUAAUAUUUAUACGAUCAUUUCUAUGGUUAAGAAAGAACGAUACUCUUAGAGUUUUUGAAAUCAAAUACUUCAUUAAAGAAGAAUUGAAUAAGGAAAACUGAGAUUUUAACACAGAAAGUAAUUUUUAAUUAUUUUUUUGGUUAAUAUUUUUAUUUGAAAGAAUUCGAACCCAAAAUUAACAAGAAUUGUGUAGCGCUCUUACAAAAUAAUGGCUCGAUCACAUACGAGUGCAGGUUUAGAUAUUAGAAGGGCCAUAAACAAAAAUAUGUGUAGACCAGUGGCGAGGAUUGAUACGUUUCAAAAGGUAACCCGAGGCAAAAAACAAUCCCAGCCAAUUAGACAGAAAAUAAAAAUUCAGACAAAUGUAAAUAAACCUAAAAGUGAAGCCGCUAGGAAUCAGGUUGUAAGGACGCUUCGCCCUUGGUGUAGACGAUCUUAAAGAAAGCGAUAGUGCAAAACGUUAGUAGUUAUAUUUUUUCCUUUCUGAAUGAAAACGCACCUACGUAGACCUAUAGGUGAGUAUAAGUAAUUUAUUAUUACUUUUUGCUAGCGGCUUCGCCCUUGUGGAAUCCGGCUUCAAACCAAUAUCUUGUAAAAAUGUCUGUCAUUUCGCUCCAAAUCUUAACGAAAUUGGUUCAGUGGUUUAAUCUUGAAAGUGUAAGUUAUUUUCGCAAUUAUAUUACGUAUAGUAUGGAUUUGUCGAGUUCCAUUUACUGAAUACGUGACGUUAAAUAAAGCCGUUAAUUUUAAACACGCAAAUUACUGCCUUUGACUUUGAAUUGCCUUCGGGUAUUUCGCCUAUCCUUUUGGCUACUCGUCGUCCCUUUGCAUACAAAUAUCACUGGAGCUCUGGUCUUGGUAGUUGUUACUGUCUAAAAUCGAGAUGUUCCCGUCGCCUUUCAUCUGUACAGUCAUAGUUUGUGAUUCAUUCUAUUAGUAUGCCAUAAGCAAAACUAAAAAUCUGGAAAGCAAUCUUUAUUUGUCUUAUACAAAUAGUAUAAUCGGAUGUUAUUCCCAAAAAAUAGCAUUUAUUUUGUUAAUGUGUAUUAAGAUUAGAAAAUAUAUUUCCUUAGUCGCCACAAUUUUAAUACAAAGUUAAUUGAUUCAAAACUAAAUUGCGGCUUCACUUUCACUAGCAAAUCCAAAUAAUUAUGAAAAUAAAAGAUUACACGAUAUCAACGAUAUUAAACAAGAUAACGAACAAAACGAAUAAAUUGCGGAAAUGACUACACAUAUAGAUGAAACAGUUUGUCAUAUUACCAAGAAGAGAAUGAAAGGUAAAUUAUCUAUUAGUUGGAAAUAUUUGGAGGAAACAAUUUGUGGAAGAAAUACGAGGAAACGAUAAUCAUAUUUCGACGAAGAUAUAUUUUAUAUGUAUCAUUGACAUUAAAAACGUUACUCUUUGUAAAUCAAAAUUAUUGUAAACUUGCUUUUGCUCGCGGUUUCGCCCGCGUCAGUUUUUCGAGAUAAAAGUCCCGCUAUAAAUUUUCCUGGGGUAAAAAGAAGCCUAUAUCCUUCCUAGGAUACCAAAUUAACUCCAUACCACAUUUCAUCGCAAUGGAUACAGCCGUUAAAUCUCAACGGACGGACGGAUUCACUGUGGCAUUUAUAAGUAUGGAUUCGUAGUGUAUCGAAAACCUAAAGUACCUAUCCGUUUAAUUUCCAUAUUGUAUUAAUAAGUUUCAAUACGUGAUAGCUUUGUCUAUUUGUAUCGUCACAGCAGCAAUUCAAGCUAAAGUAAACACGUCUUUAUAUGUAUACAUAUAAGGGAUAAAGCCUCUAGCAACAGAAACACCACAAGAGCUACUAAUAAUUUACCCUAUGAAAUGUAAUUCAAGUCCUUUGAUGUCUGGUCGUCUAUUUAGUAAUACCUUCUAAUUCGGACUCAAAGUUUGUUUUACACUGUCACUUCAUGGCAGAAAUAAUGUUGUUGUCGGGAACGCCCUUCUAAUCUUAUUCUGAGCCUAUCUAUAAGUCUCUCAAUGAUACAUAGCAGCCAAAUACACACUUAUUUAACUGUUUGAGAAGUAUCGUCAGCGUGAAUGUAUUAUAAUUAAUGCUACGGCCAGUAAGGUUUAUAUUAAUACAUUUUAGAGCAAAGAAUAAGACACAAUAAUCGUCGAAAAUCUUAAUUUAAAUUACCCUGAUACAUCGUAAAUAUGCUUCACGAUUAAUGGAAUAAUUGACGUCAUUAGGCGUUAGUGUCUCCAGCAUAAUAAGCGCUUUCAAUGUUACUGUCUAGUGCCUAAUUACUCCAAGAAGAUUGAGUAAUAGCAGCACUCCAUCAAUUAAGGUCUUGAAAACUCAAGAUAUCUUUUCGAGUUGCCUCCAUUUUGUUUACGAAGUCCUCGUUUACGACCCGCUAAGUGCAUUAUAUCCCGUCCAUCUUAAUAAUUGUAUACAGACUACGGAAACUGAAUUACUGGAGAAUAUGCAUUUAGCUUCGUCUUCAGUAUUCGUUUUAAUAAAAUAUACAUUCAAAUUUUCCUUUUCUGUGGUAGAUAGAAGUAUACCACAUUUCGCCAGUUUUAUUGACACAUGUGUUUGAGGAAGAAUCUAUUGCUAAUUAUUAGGCAUAUUUCCCAAGUCUAUGGCAAUUUUAAACAAAAUUCAAUCGUUUUUGGAUUUCCCUGUUCAGCAUCUUUUUACCAGACUGACUGACUGUUGACUCCGGAAACGAAUCCGAGAACCAGGCAUUCAAUCACAUUAUAACUACGUCACCGUCGUCUUUAAUUACCUUUUCUUAACAUUCCCUAUUAUUCAAUCCCCUCGUUUAAGACUUCAAAGCUCAAAGUAACAUUGGCAGCACUUUGCAAGCAAUAACUCAAGCGGCCCUUCGCAAUUCUUAUCCAAUUUUUCCCGAAAAUUAUCUAUUGUAUUAACAUUUCUCCGGCGUGUGACAGGAUCGUUUUCCGGCCCAAUUUCCCCAUUUUUCUCUGCUUCCACAUCUUCAUUCCAAAUCUCGGUAAAGAUAUCUUCAUUUGGAUCUAUUCCAAAUGGCACAUCUUGUGAUUUUAAUUGUUUCUUUUCAAAUAAAAUGCUAUCAAAUAGGAAGAAAUAAAACGUUAAAGAUCUCUGUAGUAUCGCACUUUUAUGUGUCAAUAGACAUUGUUUAUAAAAUAAUUAUUGGCAUUAUGAGACUUAAUAUCUUAAGAUUUAAAGCGAACGGCUUUGUAUUGAUGUUCUGUAAUAUAACCGUUAAUGAAAGUGUUCAUUUUUAUCAGGCGAUAGGCUCAUCUCACAUUCUAAUUGUAUACAAAUAUUUUACUUUGAUAUGAAAACUCUGGAAAUAAAUAUUUAAGAAGAAAGUGGCUCGAAACGUCUGCUACGACCUAGAUAAAUCAUUGAAAUUGUUAUUACAAUGGUCAUUCCAUAAAUCAAAACUAAGAAAUACGUGGUUGAUAUUGUAUUUAGUUUCUAUUGAACUUAUUAUAUAAAAAAAAAAAAACAAAUUUAAAAUUCCACCACACCAGCCAAACAAAGUCUUCACCCACAAAGUCAUCUUUUAAUAAAGCCUUAAUACUUUCAACUGAAGCACCGCAAACACGAGCCUCUUAUAUAUAAUGAAUUUGUAGCAAAAACUCCAAGUGUGCAUAAUACAUGAGCGGUAAUUUUUCACGAAGGCCUUUUUACGUUAUUUUUAUGUUUUUUAUACAAACAAAUGAUGACAUGAGCAAGUACCCUGGUGGGACGUGACUUCAAGAAAGUAGAACACAUAACUUUAAAUUAAAAUCUAUAUAAUAAGAACUUCCUAAGAGUUGUAGCCAGUGUAACUACUGGCUUAACAUCUCAUGUCUCAGGAUGGUGAGGGCAGCGAAAUACUAGAUAAUAUUUUGUAAUCCAAAGUGUUGGAUGGUGUUUCUACUGUUUAUGGGCGGUCGUCUCGCUUAUCAUCAGGCGAACGGCAAGCUCGUCUCGUCAUGCAAAGCAAUAAAAGAAAUUAUUACGUCCCAAAUAACAUCAUUGGCUACAAACUCUCUACUAUCUUCACUCACUUCACUUCACAAGAGAAAUAGAUAAUAAUAUCUACUGGCUGUAUAAUACGAAAGACAACCUACCUUGUAUUCAGCCGAAUUAUAUAUUUUGGUUUGGCUUAUUCAGUUAAAGCUGAGAUUGGUUUCGAGGCAUUUCCUCCUAUAUGAAUCAUGCAAACAAUUUAUAAUUUAUUGUUAACGAAAAAUGAUUAUAAUCAUAUUUUUCCUACCAUACGUCUGAGCUUAAGGUUAAGGAAGCAAGAAUGAUUGUCUUAGACCAUUGAUUUCCAAAGUGGUCCAAGUAGACCCCCAGGGGCCCAUGGGAGACUGCACGAAAGUGUAUGUUGGCGUGAUAAAAAAAUAAGGCCCCACAAUUCGUAAGCGGCCCACGAAAAUUGUCUGGUUUGAUAGUAAAGUACUAAAAUAUUGGCUUGACUUCACCUAUCAAUGUUGACAGAUAAUGAUAGGGGGCGUAAGAGGCACGGUUACCCCAACAUAACUGUUCGGCCGCCCUCCAUGAUGGCUGGCCUGUUGUAAUGCACGCUCUCGCGAAACAAAAAAAGGGUCCACCAGAACCAGUACAAUUUUCAAAGGGGUCUAUAAGAAAAAAGUUAGGGAUCCUCUGUUUUAGAUUAUAGAUUACGAUUUGACGUUCAGAAAGAUGGCAUAGUCCCACUACAAAGUCACUAAACACAGCCCACACUGCCCUUGACAGUAUAAAUACAGCAAUAUACAAUUGUUAUAGAUUUUGUCUAACCUAACUCCUUGAGAUGCCAUUGUCGAUUUAUUAUUUGAAAAAGCUAGUCAUAAUUCACUAUGUCCAAGAAAGAUUUAUUUAUUGUCUUGUUGUGGAAUAUCAAAUACAGAACAAUUUGUUUCAAGGAUUUACAUUGUAAACAAGUUAUGAGGCUAAAAGUCAAAAUUUCUUGUUCUUGAUGUUUUGAGACAAUAAAAAUAUUGAUCAAAGACGAAUACCUACUAUUCAGGUUACUUUUUAAAUCCAAAUAGACAUCCAGUACUAUUUUAAAAUCGUCCAUUUAUUGAUAAAAAAGAAAUUCCAUCAAUCGAUACAAAGCAUCGAUACAGAUUCUUAAAUUUAUCUUGAAAUUUAUUAAAACAUGGACUAUUUCUACAAUACUACAAUAUUGGAAAUAUGGUCUAAAAAGCAUUUGAAAGACAAUGUAAUAUAGGAACGGAAGAUUGCUUACCGAUAAAAAACUUUUUGAUAUAAUAAUAAUAUAAACCAAAUUAUACAUUUGUACAUAUAAAGAUAGUUGAGCUGUAUUCAUAAUUAUAUGGCAUUUAAAAGAUAAUUCAGACAUGUAAUAGCAUAAUGUAUUUAAAAUUUAAAAUGUUAAUACUUAUAAAGUAUAAUAAAUUUAAUCUGUGACAGCCGCCAUCUUGGAAUCUGACAUUUAAAUCGUUUCUUUGUACGACGCGACACUUAGAUUCAGUCACAUUAUUUCUUAUCAGAUCUCAAUCUAGUUUAGAUAGGUAGACAGUUAUAGAAAAAUAGCGCGUCCUACAAAAAAAAUAUUAAUGUCAAGAUACCGGAAUAAGUCAAGAUGCGAUGGUAACUUAUUGUGAAAAUAUAUGUAUUUUUUUGUUAAUUUAAGAUUAGUUUGAUAUUGGAUACGGUUGUGUAAAUAUAUAAGAAUGUAAUAGUGUUAACUAAGAAAUCUUUAUUGACCGUCGAAAUAAAAUAAAUUAAAGUUC